UAAAUUUUUUAUAUCUUACAUUAAGAACAAACACUGUAAGCGCUAAUUUAGAUAUACCCAGUACCCCAACUAUUUGUAGCAAUACAAAUAUGGAUAUUGGGAAACGUGAAAUACACGUAAGCUAGUACUAAAACUUGUUAUGUUUAUGCAUAAGUAGAACGAAAAAUUGUUUAUUCCAUACAUUAAUUCCUCAUUUAUACUAUAUUUUACUUCUCCACUAUUGUUCACUUUAUUGGCAUCGCAAACAAAACGUGAAACAAUGGUAAUUCACGAAACCUUUUUUGUAAUAAAUAUAAUAAUAAUAAAUGCAUAGUCCAUUUACAGCGUAAACUUCCUGUUUAAUGACAGUACCUUGAUCGACUUCGUGCUGUGUUAUUGUAUUAUGGACGAUUAAGAAAAUGUGUAGCACGGAAUCACGACUUGAUGGUAAAACUAUCAUUGUUACUGGUGGUAGUGCAGGGAUAGGCUAUGAGGCAGCUAAGAAUCUGGCCUAUAAAGGAGCCAGAGUAAUCAUCGCAAGCCGCAACGAAACCAAACUCACUAGGGCCAGGGACCGACUCCAAAAGAUAACAGGGAACAAACACGUAACAUACAGGCAAAUAGAUUUAGCAUCAUUGAAAUCUGUGAGGAACUUUGCACGCGAGACAAUAAAAACGGAAGAAAGAUUAGAUGUUUUAAUAAACAAUGCAGGCGCAGUGGGACUAUCAGAUCGACUAACUGAAGAUGGACUCAACCUGACGAUGCAAGUGAAUUAUUUCGGCGCGUUCCUGCUCACAUAUCUAUUGCUGCCUCUGUUGAAGUCUUCAUCACCGAGUCGCAUAAUAAACAGUUCAGCGUCGUCAAUGUACAUCGGACAUUUAGAAUUCGAUCAUUGGAACGAUGUCGGAAGGUACAACACUAUAGAAUCGCUAGCGAAUUCGAAACUCGCUGUUGCGCUAUUUACAGCUGAAUUGGGUAAUAAACUAAAAGAUACUAAUGUCACAGCGAAUACAUUCGAUCCAUUCGUAGUUCGUGAUACAGAUAUUCUGAGUAAUAUACCAGGAUUGAUUCGGAAUGUUUCUCAAUUGUUUGUGGAUAUAAUUGGCCAGCCCAAAGAAGACGUUGGUAGGGAAAUUUUAUUUCUAGCGGCGGAUCCUAACAUGGAGAAGGUAACUGGAGAGCAUUACAAGUUCUGUAAAAAAUGGAUUAAUCACUGGCUAGUCGACGAGGAAAUGUUAACCAACCAGCUGUGGGAUGAAUCGAAAAAGGUUGUAAAUAUUACUUCAGAAGAAGAUUGGGAACGAGUAACAUGAGGAGUCUAAGUGAUGAAUAUACUUGUUAUUUUUUGUAUAAAAAAUUGUGUUAUCUUAUGAUCGAAACAUAUGAGAGUUCAUUGAAA